CUGCGCUAAAACCUCCCCGGUAAGUCCCAGCAACAACUCAAAUUUGCUUAUGAGAAAAAUACUCAAGCUAUUUUUGAAACUUCGAGAGGAUUAUUAGAUUAUAGUAUGUAUAUAAAGUGACGAAAUGUAUAUAGAGAAAGUAAUAAUUAAGUAAACUGGUGACGCGUAGAUGCCAACUGGCAAGUCCGUUAAAAACAUGACCGUGUCAGCCUGUAAGGCUUGCCUUGGUUGACUUAUCCUGCUUUGUCAUUGGCCACCGGCCUAUCGGAAAAGACGCAGACCAAUUUGCCUUCACCAAAAUAAAAAUUACUACUUACUACCAUAUGCUUUUUGCCCUGCGUUUACUUUUCAAGUCGAGAUCAUUUAUUUGGUCAAAUGAGGUAGAAAAAAACUAUUCUAGUCAAUGUAGACAUUCGAAUGAAAUUUGCAUUUAUAAAAAAAAUGUACUUGGAAAUUCAAAUGGGUUUAUAAUUUCAUUUUAAUCAGUACCGAGACAUACAGCCACAUGCUUAAUUAUUCCUCCUCAAUCAAAACCAUUUCACCCCAAAAUUUUAAAAUAGUUUUAUCAAAUCACCAUCCCACAAAAAGAUUUUUUAAUAUAAUAUAAACCUUCCCAUUUUUGUGGAGUUUCUUUUUUUUUUCCCUUGUAAAAAAGAAAAUGUAAGAGUAGAACCAAAUGGCAUAAUAGAGCUCUAGGCCUAUAAAUACCAAUAUCCAUCUCUACUACUACUGCAUUAACUGAUUUCACAUUCUUCGAUAAGGAUUUUACUCUCCAGAGAAAGAAAAAAAAAACCUCCUCUGCUUUUGUGAUCCUUUAAGGAAAAAGACGAAAUGGCAACGGAAUCGUACGAAGCCGCCAUUAAAGGACUCAAUGAUCUUCUCAGUACGAAAGCGGAUCUCGGAAACGUCGCCGCCGCGAAGAUCAAAGCGUUGACGGCGGAGCUAAAGGAGCUUGACUCAAGCAAUUCAGACGCAAUUGAACGAAUCAAGACCGGUUUUACUCAAUUCAAAACCGAGAAAUAUUUGAAGAAUAGUACUUUGUUCAAUCAUCUUGCCAAGACUCAGACCCCAAAGUUUCUGGUGUUUGCUUGCUCUGAUUCUCGAGUUUGUCCAUCUCACAUCUUGAAUUUCCAACCUGGUGAGGCUUUUGUUGUCAGAAACAUAGCCAAUAUGGUUCCACCUUUUGACCAGAAGAGACACUCUGGAGUUGGCGCCGCCGUUGAAUACGCAGUUGUACAUCUCAAGGUGGAGAACAUUUUGGUGAUAGGCCAUAGCUGCUGUGGUGGUAUUAAGGGACUCAUGUCCAUUGAAGAUGAUGCUGCCCCAACUCAAAGUGACUUCAUUGAAAAUUGGGUGAAGAUAGGCGCAUCAGCGAGGAACAAGAUCAAGGAGGAACAUAAAGACUUGAGCUACGAUGAUCAAUGCAACAAGUGUGAGAAGGAAGCUGUGAACGUAUCGCUUGGAAACUUGCUUUCGUACCCAUUCGUGAGAGCUGAGGUGGUGAAGAACACACUUGCAAUAAGAGGAGGUCACUACAAUUUCGUCAAAGGAACGUUUGAUCUCUGGGAGCUCGAUUUCAAGACCACUCCUGCUUUUGCCUUCUCUUAAGAAAGAAAGCUACCGGAACAUAUAAAACUCUUUUGAGAUAAAAAAAGACACUUUGACUCAUCUUUCUUCAUUCUCUCAUGUUGAUGAUUCCUCUCCAACUUCUUUGAUUUCUUUUUGUUAAUUCAAAACUUCAACUUUGCUGCUUCUAUUUCAAAAGCUCAAACAAUAAAGCUGUAACCAACGUUUGAAACUUCUAUAUUUGUCUAAUUGAUGUUUGAACGAAGAUUUGAACUUUCCUUCUUUCUCUCUUUUUCCAGAUUAUAUGUGUAUGUUAAUUGUUAAAACUUCUUGGCAUUGAAGCCAUUGAUCAUUACAAUUUUAUUACAUAAAAACUUCUAUACGG